GCAUUGGUCGCGCUUUCUCAGUCGUCUCAUGAGAACACCACUGACAUUCCAGAGUCACACAUGGGUCGCGGAAAGCGCGAGGCGGAAGGCAAUCGCGACCGGGGGGGCAAUGGAGGUCGGGGGAAAUCGAAGCGGCACAAGUCGCGAUACCUGAACGCUAGUGGGGGAGCGGCCGGCCCUGUCGCGAAUGGCAGCAGGGGGUGGCUGGUGUCGUGCGUUACCGGGAGGGAGAGGGAGUGCGGCAGAGAGAUAAUCAACGUGUUGGAUGAGUGGUGUGACAAGCUGCUGGCCAGCAAGGGGCAGGCAAAGACUGGGGAAGGCGCAUCUGCAGGGAAGGCGAAAGGGGGUUCGUCCAUCGAUGCUCUCCUGGCGAAUGAAGUGGCGACUCUGAAGAAAAAGGCUCGUUUUGUGAGUGUGGACUCUGGGUGCAAGGCGCUGCUGUUUGUGAGAAUGACAGAGGGUGGCAAGAAAUGGGGGGGAGAGAAGGGCGGAAAGCAGGAGGAGGAGGAGGAGGACGACGACGACGACGACGGGGGAGUAAAGGAGGAAACAGAGGGAGGGAAGGAGAGCAAGGAGGGAGGAAAGGAGGAAAAGGAGGGAGAUAAGGAGCAAGAGAAACAGGAGGCAGGAGGAAAGAAGGAAGCAAAGGAGAAAGGGGGGGGGAAGGAGGAAGAGAAAGGGGAGUCUGCGCAGGCGGGGGUAUCACCGUGCGAGCUGGCUCAGGCGGUCUUGAGACAUGCCAAGGACACACAGCAGUCCGCCACUCGCUUCACCCUCCGCCUGCUGCCAGUCGAAACCACCUGCUAUGCUUCUCAAGAGGAGAUUGGUCAGGCCAUUCAGCCUCUCAUUGCCGCCCACUUCCCUGCUGUUGGCCAAUCAGCAAGCGACACGCCAGGGGACCAGCCCCAAGGACUAACGUUCGCAAUCAUCUUUGAGAAGCGAGCCAACGAGGGCCUUGACCGGGCGGCAGUCAUUGACACUGUAGCAAAGCUGGUGCCUGUACCCCAUAAAGUGGAUCUCAGUAACCCUCAGAGGACCAUCAUGCUGCAAGUGGUGAAGACCGUCUGCUUCAUCUCCAUCCUCUCAGAUUUCAAGCUGCUCGCCAAGUACAACCUGCGCCAGUUGUGCCUCCCUCCGGAGGAAGCCAAACCUGCUGGGGAAGCCAAACCCAGUGCUGCUGGGGAAUCCAAGCCUAAUUCUACUGAGGAACCUAAGGCUACUACUGCUGGGGAAGGAAAGGCUAGUGCUGACGAUGCAGGGGCUAAAGAUGCAGCCGCUGUCACUGGUGCUGGUAGUGCUGAUGAUGAUAACAAGGACGCAUGAGCUGAGAAGAGGUUGGUGGUUGGUAGUUCACAGGAUGAGGCGAAUCCAUUGUAUCGUUCAUUUCCAGCAAUCUUGGAGAAUGCUUGCAUUCAGUUCAGAUUCUAUUAUUUUUCCACCUCAUCGUUAUGAGAAUGUUGUCUAUCCCGUUGAU